AUGCCCUUGCUGAGGCUCACCUCGGGAAGGGAACUGCAUUUCAUUGACGAAGAAACGGUAAAAGCAAAUCUUCAAGAAAGAGGCUUCGAGAAUGACACGGCUUUCAUUCAACUUGGACACUCCGAUCUUGAGCCAAAUCAAUACGAGGGAGGACUUAAGGUUUGGGAGUGCACGAAAAUUCUUUGCGAUUUUAUCGAGGAUAAUGCAGAAAGGUUUCAAGGGAAAUCCGUAUUAGAACUCGGAUGUGGUUCAGCGUUGCCAGCGAUUUUAUCAAAAGAAAUCGGUGCCGAAGAAGUUGCUGCUCAAGAUUUUAACAGUUCGGUGAUCGAUUGCUUCACAUUGGACAACGUUUUGGCGAACGGACUCUCUAAAGGAUCGCUAAAAUUGAUGGCUGCAAGUUGGGCCGACCUCCGUGGACAAUUGUCGAAUAAAAGUUUCGACAUAGUGAUCGCAUCAGAAACGAUUUACAACACAAGCAACUACGAGGCUUUCCAUUUGGCGAUUGAUCAUUCACUGAAGGAAGAUGGUGUUGCGUGGAUCGUUGCAAAAGAGUUCUACUUUGGCCUCGGUGGAUCGGCGUUCGUUUUUCUCGAUUUCGUCAAAUCAAAGGGCAUCUUCAAGGGAGAAAUCAUCGAUCCACCAAGACGGGGAAACGAUUCAGAGCAAGGAUAUGCAAAAGUGAUCAUUCAAUUGACGAGACGA